UGUCAUGUGGCCUCACGUGUGCAUGCCUGCCCAACUAUGGCUGGAGAAUUGUCCAUCUCUAUUAUAAAGAGGCAGCCAGUAACUUUGCACUCCCAUUGCUACAUAGAAGUACAUAGGGAGUGAGUUACACUUUUACGGUACAGUGUAGUAAAUUAAAGGAAGAUGCCAAUAAAAGGGAAAAAAGACAAAGAUAAGUCAAAGCAGUCCCCGUCAGCUGGCCAGACCUCUACCCCUCAGUCCACAAAGGCUGGCUCCACUGCGACUACAAGCGGGAUCGGGACUACUACAACAGCUGGCACACCGUCGAAUACCAAAGGAAAUAUGACGGAAGUUACCAAGCACGACGCUCACAUGCCUGGACACCCUACGAAGACAGUAGCUCCCACUCCCACAUUCCCCACUGUGGUUACCAGGCUACAGUUCACCUCUCCACAUAUCCGCAAGGACAAGAACAGAGGCUCCUCAAGAUUCAAUAUCAGUCAAAAGAGGGAGAUACAAAAGCUUCCUCUGCUCAAAGAUGUUGCCCCAUCAGCGAGAGAGGAGGUGUUUAUCCAGAAGAUUCAUCAAUGUUGCGUGAUCUUCGACUUCAACCUCGACCCACUGUCUGAUCUAAAGUACAAGGAGAUCAAAAGAGCAGCUCUCAAUGAACUGGUUGAGUACAUCACCACACAGAGGGGAGUUAUCACAGAGAACAUCUAUCCUGAAGUAGUUAAUUUGUUUGCAACAAAUGCCUUCCGAGCCCUUCCACCUAACACCAAUCCCUCAGGGGCUGAGUUUGACCCAGAAGAGGAUGAGCCUACCCUGGAAUCAAGUUGGCCACACCUACAACUAGUCUACGAAUUCAUGCUCCGGUUUCUGGAGUCUCAGGACUUUCAACCAUCCACUGCCAAGAAAUAUAUUGACCUCAAGUUUGUCAUCCAGCUGCUGGAGUUGUUUGACAGCGAGGACCCACGAGAAAGAGACUUUCUCAAAACCACUCUACACAGGAUCUACGGCAAGUUCCUGGGUCUCAGACAGCACAUUAGGAAACAGAUCAGCAAUAUCUUCUAUAAGUUUAUCUAUGAGACAGAGAAGCAUAGUGGAAUAGCAGAGCUACUGGAGAUUCUUGGAAGUAUCAUCAAUGGAUUUGCACUGCCACUCAAAGAAGAGCACAAAUCUUUUCUGCUUCGAGUACUCAUUCCCCUCCACAAAGUCAAGUCCUUGAGCUGCUACCACCCCCAGCUUGCCUAUUGUGUAGUGCAGUACCUGGAGAAGGACCCAUCACUUACUGAAUCUGUGGUAACAGGGCUGCUGAAGUAUUGGCCCAAAGUCCACAGCACCAAGGAGGUGAUGUUUUUGAAUGAACUUGAGGAGAUUAUGGACGUCAUGGAACCCAUUGAGUUUGUCAAAGUAAUGACCUCUCUUUUCAGGCAAAUCGCUCGCUGUAUCUCAAGCCCUCACUUCCAGGUUGCUGAGCGAGCGCUGUACUACUGGAGCAAUGACUACGUGAUGAGCCUGAUAAGUGACAACAGUCAAACACUCUUCCCCGUUAUCCUACCAGCUCUCUACAAGCAUUCCAAGGCACAUUGGAACAAAACUAUCAGUGGACUUAUCUAUAAUGCUCUCAAGAUAUUCAUGGAGAUGAACCAGAAACUUUUUGAUGAGUGCAAUCAGAAAUACGAGGAAGACUGCCAAGCUGCUGAGGGCCACUUGAGAGAUAGAGAAGAAGCUUGGAACAAAAUCGAGAAAUUAGCACUGAAAAAUCCACAGUUUAUCAAGUUGUCUAGACCAGAAGCAAUCACCACAAAACUCAAUAUUCCCCAACCCGAGCCGAUGGAGGACACUACAGGAGAGGCCCCUCCCUCGUCUGUGCCCCUUGAACCACAUAAUAAGACCAUUCAGGAGAACCCUGACAGUGCCAGUGGACCCAAGCCAGGCCGUAGCAUGAUCCGGAGAAAAUCAUAUCUACCUGCAGAUUAUGACACAGCAAUGGCAUUACAGCAGUACAACACUGUAGACUCUGUAUUGCCCUCCUCACAAGAGACAUAGUCCAAUGUUCCGUUUGUUCGGUGUGUGUUUUCACACUUUCAUUAGCUGUAGGUUUAUAGUUGUAUUGGAUGGCAGUCAAUGCCAGUAUAUAGAUAUUGAUAAGACUGAUUUCUAUUUUGUCAGGUUGGGUAACUUGACUUUCAAUAUUUUUUUGCUAGUUAAGUACAUGAUGUUGUACAUGUACGUGAUUUAAUGUUUGUAGUUUCCCUUUUCAAUGUGUGGUCAAUGUUAACUUUUUCUCAUUGCUUUAUGGUUAAUUAUCUCUUUCUAUGCUUGUGACAAAUUUCAAA